GAAGCAGUCAUGUACAAAUAGCUUAUUUUCGGAUCUUCGGAGUCUUUCCGGAACGACAUUGAUGAAUCUUUUAGCGGCGCUCUUUAUGAACCAGCUUCUCUACGUUAUAGGCGUGGGAGGGGUCCCCGAUUCCGAGCUGUGCAUCGCGAUAUCAUUUUCAAUGCAGUACGUGAGACUCUGCACCUUUUGUUGGAUAUUGGCGAUGACUCAUCAUAUGAAUGCCCAAUUUAAAAGUAAUUUAAAUCUUGUUCCGUGCGACGAUCACGCAAUUGGAAAACAUUUUGUGAGAUACUCACUGUUCGCAUGGGGUAUUCCGGCUAUAUUAUUAGGUGCGAGCGUUUUCAUACAAUAUAGGGAUAAAGCUGGAAAGUUACUUGAUACGGCGAGUUUAAAAACACACAAUUGCUGGUUUUUGGACACGAAUGCUUUAGUAUAUGGCCUACUGAUUCCGUCUACCGUAUUAGUUAUCAUCACGCUCACCUACGUCAUUCGGGGCGCCAUCGUUGCGAGAUAUGUUAUAAGUAUGCAAGUUGAUCGAAAAGUUAGGAAUAAAAUGCGAAAAAAAAGGACGCUCCAAGUGGUGCUCUUCACAAAGGUAAGCAUAGGUUACAAGUGUGGCGCCAUUGAAGACGUCUACGCUUUCUUCUAUGCCGUCAACAUCUACAAGGUGUGUGAAAACGAGAGUGACGCUCACGUGCUGAAGGGAAUCGCCAUGCUGUUACACGGCACCACAGGGACCUGGUGGCAAGGAAUCAAGGACACCGUAAGCACCUAG